AUGAAGUCGGCGGCCGCGGCCCCUAUGAUGUGCGCCAGGGCCGCAGUCUACUCGGCCAUGUACCGCGCAGGCAUCCGCUGGAGCGACCGCGUCGGGGUUUAUGGCUUAGGCGGCCUCGGCCACAUGGCUGUCCAGUUCGCAGCGAAGAUGGGGUGCAUGGUCAUCGUCUACUCGCACUCAGCGACGAAAAAGUCGGAGGCGUAUCACCAGCCACCCCGAGCAAUCGACUGCCUGCUCCUCACCGGCGCUCAGCAGCCGGACUGGUCGCGUAUGAUUCCGAUCGUCAGGCGCGGCGGCACUAUCAGCGCCAUGACGGUCGAUCCGACAGAGCUGUGCCUCCCGUAUAUGGAUCUGGUCAUGACCGCGGUCCAAAUUCAAGGCAGCCUGCCAGCGACGCCCCGACUGCACCGCGAGAUGCUGGGAUUCGCGGCCCAGUACGGUAUCGCUCCCAUCAUAGAGACGUUUUCGUUUGACUGGUCAACAUAUCCUGGGGCCCCUGUAUCGAUGCGUAGGUCCCAGUGUUGCACAUCAUCCGCAUCCGCAAGAGCGCUGUGA